AUGGAACUCUACUUGAUCCGCCAUGGAGAGACAGUCGACAAUGUCGCGGGCCUAUACGCUGGCGUCCGCGAUUCCGCCUUGACGAUCCAUGGCGUCGAGCAGGCACGCCGUCUGGGCGAGCAUUUCGCUACGAAUGGCGUGAAGUUCACGCACAUCUUCGCGUCACCUCUCUCGCGAGCCUUCAAGACUGCUCAGGCUAUCGAGACAGCUCAGCUGAAGCCUGAUGAGGAUGAUGCUACUGCCGCCAUCGAGAUCACACAGGUGCCGGAGCUGAUCGAGCAGGACUUUGGAUACUAUGAAGGCAAGCCCUUUCAUGCCCGCUCGGAUCCGAAGAAGAUGAUAAGAGAAGCACAUCACGAGCAGCAUAAGGAUGAGCCUGGGUUUGUUGAUGUGGAGAGCAAAGAGUCGAUGAAUAAGAGAGCAGAUGUCUUUCUCGAUGGACAUCUUAUGCCUCUGCUCGCACACGUCUCAACACCAAGCAAGCACAUUGUUGCAGUCGUCUCUCAUGGUAUGCUGUUGUCUCAUCUGUGGAGACGCAUACUCAAACGUUUGCCGUCCAAGAGCGUCACGGUCAAUCCAGAGAUUACCGCUGCUCGAGGCAGUAUUGUGCUGGAGCACCUGGGCGGCUGGGGUAAUACUGGAUAUCUGGAGCUGUUUCUCAGCCAAGAUAAUGCUGAUGAGGUUGUGAAAGAUGCCAAGUCUUCAGAGGCUGGUAUUGAGAAACCACUUGAAGAAUCUUCAACCGAGACUGGCACCACAGAACAGAACCCUUCUAGCUCCACUGACUUGACAGGUAUCGACCCUUCCACAUCUAGCUCUCAGGUCCUCGUAGGAUGGAGUCUACUCAUCCGAGGUAUCGACAGGAAGGACCAUCUCGUUGGCCUGAAACGGCAGCGAGGCGGGAUCGGUCGCACUGCACAUGACGAAAAGCAACAAAAGAUACACAACUUCUUCAAACGACCAAGGCAGUUUUGA